AUGGGUCAUGCUCGAACUCGUUCCGGUUUCAUCUCCGUCGCUUUCCGAUUUCUCCGGUCUCUGUUCCCUAAUCUCCGUGCUAACAACAACAUGAAGAUAAAAACAGGAAAGUUUUUGGGUGUUUCGAUUUCACUGAUACUUAUAAACUUAGCUGCAAUCAUGGAACGAGCAGAUGAGAAUCUAUUGCCUUCGGUUUAUAAAGAAGUGAGUGAAGCAUUUAACGCAGGACCAUCAGAUUUAGGAUACUUAACAUUCGUAAGAAACUUUGUUCAAGGACUUGCAUCGCCAUUAGCAGGUGUUCUUGUCAUUACCUAUGAUCGUCCUAUUGUUCUUGCAAUAGGUACUUUUUGUUGGGCUUUAUCAACUGCUGCAGUUGGAGCUAGCAGCUACUUCAUUCAGGUUGCUUUAUGGAGAGCAGUGAAUGGGUUUGGAUUGGCGAUUGUUAUACCGGCGCUUCAAUCGUUUAUCGCGGAUAGUUACAAGGAUGGUACGAGAGGAGCUGGUUUCGGUUUGUUGAAUCUUAUUGGUACGAUUGGUGGUAUAGGAGGAGGUGUUGUAGCAACUGUUAUGGCUGGUUCAGAGUUUUGGGGAAUACCGGGAUGGCGGUGUGCUUUCAUUAUGAUGGCAACGCUUAGCGCUGUGAUCGGAUUACUUGUUUUUCUCUUUGUCGUUGACCCGAGGAAGAACAUUGAACGAGAGGAACUAAUGGUUCAUAAGACGGAUUCGACCUCGGUUUGGAAUGAUUCAUGGGCGGCUACAAAAGCCGUGGUUAAAGUACGGACGUUUCAGAUCAUCGUAUUACAAGGAAUCGUUGGUUCGUUACCGUGGACUGCACUGGUUUUCCUCACAAUGUGGUUUGAGCUUAUUGGUUUUGACCAUAACCAGACAGCAGCUUUGCUUGGGGUAUUUGCGACUGGAGGAGCGAUAGGAACCUUAACAGGAGGGAUAAUCGCAGAUAAAAUGUCGCGGAUUUUUCCAAAUUCCGGUAGAGUGAUGUGUGCGCAAUUCAGCGCAUUCAUGGGAAUCCCUUUCUCAAUUAUUCUUCUGAAAGCAAUCCCACAGAGCACAGACAGCUACGCAAUCUUCUCAGUCACUCUCUUCUUGAUGGGUCUUAUCAUAACUUGGUGCGGAUCAGCAGUUAAUGCACCGAUGUUUGCGGAAGUCGUUCCUCCUAGGCACCGUACAAUGAUCUACGCAUUUGACCGUGCUAUUGAGGGUUCUUUUUCGUCUUUUGCUGCGCCUUUGGUUGGCAUUUUGUCUGAGAAGAUGUUUGGGUAUGACUCGAAAGGUAUUGAUCCUUUGAAAGGUUCCUCUGAGCGUGAAGCUGAUGCGCUUUCCAAGGGGCUUCUGUCGAUGAUGGCUGUUCCAUUUGGACUCUGUUGUCUCUGUUACACUCCGUUGCAUUUCGUUUUCCAGAAAGAUCGAGAAAACGCGAAAUCCACGAGUCAUAAAGAAACUGAAAUGAUCUGA